GUGUUUGCCUAGAGAGGCCACUCCCGGACAAGAGGGGAACUGAGGCUUCCGCUCAGCCAAGAGGCAAGAUGGCCACAGCUGGGGGCGGCUCUGUGGCCGGUCCGGGAAGUCGGAGUUUCCUUCGCCUUCUGCCUUUCUGCGUUCUUCUUGCAGGUUUGUGCAAAGGAAACUCAGUGGAGAGGAAGAUCUACAUCCCUUUAAAUAAAACAGCUCCCUGUGUCCGUCUGCUCAAUGCCACUCAUCAGAUUGGCUGCCAGUCUUCCGUUAGCGGGGACACAGGGGUUAUCCACGUAGUAGAGAAGGAAGAGGACCUGCAAUGGGUGUUGACCGAUGGCCCUAACCCCCCUUACAUGGUUCUGCUGGAAGGCACACUCUUUACCAGGAAUCUGAUGGAGAAGCUGAAAGGGAGAACCGGCCGAAUUGCUGGUCUUGCAGUGUCUUUAGCCAAACCCAGUCCCACCUCCGGCUUCUCUCCUAGUGUACAGUGUCCCAAUGAUGGGUUUGGAAUUUACUCCGACUCCUAUGGGCCAGAGUUUGCUCACUGCAGAGAGAUACUGUGGAACUCCCUGGGCAAUGGCUUGGCUUAUGAAGACUUUAGUUUCCCCAUCUUCCUUCUUGAAGAUGAAGAUGAAACUAAUAUCAUUAAACAGUGCUACCGAGAUCACAACCUGAGUCAGAAUGGCUCGGCUCCGGCCUUCCCGCUGUGUGCCAUGCAGCUCUUCUCACACAUGCAUGCUGUCAUCAGCACUGUCACCUGCAUGCGGCGCAGCUCCAUCCAGAGCACCUUCAGCAUCAACCCAGAAAUCGUCUGUGAUCCCCUCUCCGACUACAAUGUGUGGAGCAUGCUUAAGCCUAUAAAUACAUCUGGGACGUUGGAGCCUGGUGACAGGGUUGUGGUGGCUGCCACCCGACUGGACAGUCGUUCCUUUUUCUGGAAUGUGGCCCCAGGGGCGGAGAGUGCUGUUGCCUCCUUCGUCACCCAGCUGGCUGCCGCUGAAGCUCUGCAGAAGGCACCCGAUGUGACCACCCUGCCCCGCAAUGUCAUGUUUGUCUUCUUCCAAGGGGAAACUUUUGACUACAUUGGCAGCUCAAGAAUGGUCUACGAUAUGGAGAAGGGCAAGUUUCCUGUGCAGUUAGAGAACAUUGACUCAUUCGUGGAGCUGGGACAGGUGGCCUUAAGAAAUUCGCUAGCGCUUUGGAUGCACACAGACCCCAUGUCUCAGAAAAAUGAAACUGUACACAACCAGGUGGAGGAGCUCCUGACCACGCUGGAGAAGAGUGGUGCCGGCGUCCCCACCGUCGUCCUCAGGAGGCCGAAUCAGAUGCAGCCUCUCCCCCCAUCUUCUCUGCAGCGAUUUCUUCGCGCUCGAAACAUCUCUGGCGUUGUUCUUGCCGACCACUCCACUGUCUUCCAUAACCACUACUACCAGAGCGUUUACGACACUGCUGAGAACAUUAACGUGAGCUACCCUGCGUGGCAGAGCCCUGAAGAGGACCUGAACUUUGUGACAGACACUGCCAAGGCUCUGGCAGAUGUGGCCACGGUGCUGUCACGUGCACUGUACCAGCUUGCAGGAGGAACCAACUUCAGCAAUACCAUUCAGGCUGAUCCCAAAACGGUUACCCGCCUGCUCUACGGGUUCCUGGUUAGAGCCAACAACUCAUGGUUCCAGUCCAUCCUCAGGCAAGACCUAAGGUCCUACUUGGGCGACGGGCCUCUUCAGCAUUACAUAGCCGUCUCCAGCCCCACCAACACCACAUACAUCGUGCAGUAUGCCCUGGCAAAUUUGACUGGCAAGGUGAUGGACCUUACCCGAGAGCAGUGCCAGGAUCCAAGUAAAAUCCCCACUGAAAACAAAGACCUGUAUGAGUACGCUUGGGUUCAGGGCCCUUUGAAUCCCAAUGAGACAGACCGGCUGCCCCGGUGUGUGCGUUCCACGGCACGACUGGCCAGGGCCUUGUCCCCUGCCUUUGAACUGAGGCAGUGGGGCUCUACUGAGUACUCCACAUGGACUGAGAGCCGCUGGAAAGACAUCCGCGCCCGGAUAUUUCUGAUAGCCAGCAAAGAACUGGAGUUCAUCACUCUCAUGGUGGGCUUCGGCAUCCUCGUCUUCUCUCUCGUUGUCACCUACUGCAUCAAUGCCAAAGCCGACGUCCUUUUCAUUGCUCCCCGGGAACCGGGAUCUGUGUCUUACUGAAGAGGACCCCAGCUUUUCCUGCCAGCUCUGCAGUUCACUUCCUAGAUCACCUGUCCCACCGAGACAUAAACCACUAGUUUGUCACUGGAGCCUCUCUGGGUCUGACUCAGACUAACAUUAAAGAAGUGGAACUGCCCAAAAGAGACCAUGAGAGAUAAAUAUAUCACCCCCUGCCCCAUCUCCCCAUCCCCGUUUCCCCUUCCCUGUUUCUUCUUCCUCACCCUGGCCAGAUCCCAGGAUGACAGAUAGAAGCCGCUUGCUCCUGUUUGACUCCUAGCUACCCCUGUAACUUACACCCUUCUUCAGGACCCUUCUCUUUCUGUGCUGCCCUGUACCUCCCUCUGCUCUCCACCCCCCCACCCCCACCCUGUGUACUCAUCCACCCUCCUGACCCGGAGGGACACGAAAGUUUGAAUGCCAGGAGCAAACUACAGGAAGUCCUGGGGACGAGGACAGGGGAGAUCUGCGGCUGAGCCUGCGGUCUCCCUCCUGCUGUCCUGUCUCCAGGCCCUUAGAUGGCACAUCAGGGUAGGUGUGCUGCCCGGCGGGUACCCCACCUCCAGCCCACAGUGCUCGGUUGUAAUUUGUAUUAAGCUGUAAUAUUGAUUUUUUUUUCCCCUGUGUGUGUGUGUGUGAGAGUGUGUGUGUGUGUGUGUGUGUGUAAAUAUAUAAAUAGCGAGUUUCAUUAAAACGAACUCUCCCACA